UGGCGCCUGGCAACACAACGAUGUGUGGUUUCAGAGACAGCCCUUGAGUAGCUGUACAGCAAAAGUCGAAUCAGAGCAAGAAAACAAUCACUACCAGUCGGAUGUGAUGGUUAAUCGAUUUUGAGUUGCUAUCGCCAGACACUGCGGAUCGCUGUAAACCGUACAUGUGACUCCUAAAACAAUGAGGCUGAGAAUGCGUAAGGCUUCUCAGCAGCCGAACCCCAGUCUGGCAAGCCGCCCAUCCCAUGCCAAGCGGAAGCAUUCAGAAGUCGAAGAGGACACGCCUACUACUGGAGGGAGGGGCUUGUUCUCCACCAUCAAGAAGUUCAUCAGAGGAAAUGCUGUGAAGGUGCAGCAGGAGAGCCCUGCCAAGAAGACACGCCUCCACUGUGAUGUGGACAAUAACCUGAUCUCUUCAGCCCCAAACACCAAUACACCCCUCAAGUCUAUCAGCAGGGUUGGCCGGAGAGGCUCCCUGAAUGGACAGGCAACCAAUCAUGACAGAAGUAAGGAGAAGCCCAAUGGCAGUGUGGAGGAGACGACGGCCGUUGAGUUGCCCACAAGCCCUCCCAGAUCCUCCCUUCUUGGGACCAUCUUUUCCCCCGUUUUCAACUUUUUCUCACCAGCUAAAAAUGCCUCUCCUGGCUCAGACUCCCCAGACCAGUCCUUGGAGGUUGAGGAGGUCGUCAAGCAGCUGGACAUAGAGCAAGCUGAGGAGACGCCCAGCACCACGGCCACAUCCACACAGGAACUGUGCGCCACCACUAACUUCUCCUCUAGUGUAUCGCAGUUGCCACCUAUGCGACCUCACAUCCCCGAGGUUUCUCCCACAGCGAGGGAGAAAGAGCUCUGUGCUGAUGCUGACCUUCCGCCCCUCACAGCUCCAGGCUCCAGUCCAGAUAUGGCAUAUGUGUACUCUCCGCCUGCUACAGUACCAACAGAGGGAACCUAUGAGGAAGACUGGGAAGUCUUUGACCCAUAUUUCUUCAUCAAGCAUGUCCCUCCACUGACAGACGAGCAGCUCACUCGUAAGCCGGCUUUGCCGCUGAAAACACGCAGCACUCCUGAAUUCUCUCUGGUGCUUGACCUGGAUGAAACCUUGGUUCACUGCAGUCUAAAUGAGCUGGAGGAUGCAGCACUUACCUUUCCUGUCCUCUUUCAAGAUGUCAUUUACCAGGUGUAUGUGCGCUUGAGGCCGUUCUUUAGAGAGUUUCUGGAACGCAUGUCUCAAAUCUAUGAGAUCAUCCUUUUUACCGCCUCUAAAAAAGUGUAUGCCGACAAACUGCUCAACAUCUUGGAUCCUAAAAAGCAGCUCGUGAGACACAGGUUGUUUCGUGAGCAUUGUGUCUGUGUCCAGGGAAACUACAUCAAGGACCUCAACAUCUUGGGCAGAGACCUGUCAAAGACCAUCAUCAUUGACAAUUCACCGCAAGCCUUUGCAUAUCAGUUGUCCAAUGGGAUUCCCAUAGAGAGCUGGUUCAUGGACAGGAACGACAAUGAACUGCUGAAGCUGGUGCCCUUCCUGGAGAAGUUGGUUAAGAUGAAUGAGGACGUAAGGCCGCAUGUUCGGGAGCGGUUCAGGCUUCACGACUUGUUGCCCCCUGAUUGAACUCGACCGCAGUCUCUCGGAACGGGACAACAUGAAAAGACUGGGAACAACAUGCGUGUAAAAAGCCCCUCUUUGGAUUACAAACUACAACAUUGCCAUUACUGUUAAAAUGUUAGCCUUUUUUUAUAUCUGGGUGAAUUUUUUUUAAUGUUUAGAUGAAAUUACCCACGCGAUGAACAAGCCCGAGGUAUACUCCUUUUUUCUUCUUUUUUUUACGGACUCUCCAGCUGUGGAGCCGGAUGUUUCCUCCACAUUAAAUUCUGACGUCUUGGUGCUGGUUUGGUGGAUAUGAAAGGCAACCUGGUGAAGAGGAACUCUCCCCGACCGAGUCCCUGAACACAAAGCGACCCCUGGUGCUCACGCUGUUGACGAAUAGCCACACUCUGGCUUUCAGCAGGAAGGAGUGGCCUGUAAAUCAAUCUGUGCAUGUAUGUUGACUCCUACCUGUGCGAACACACACACACACUGACUGAUUUGUUGUUUGACAAACCUACAAUCUGUAGCCUUUAAAAUCAAUCAUAUGCAUUCCUCCGUAGCUGAGUCAAGUUUCUAUUGUUGGUUGCUGUUUUUUUUCUGGUGUUUAAUUGUUUAAAAAAAGGAUAGCUUUUCAAAAUAUUUUACUUCUCUAAGAUACGAUGUUUUAAAGGGUUCUCGUAAGUAUUUAUUGUUCGCCUUUUUCCUACGAGGAGAACAUGGGUGCAUAUUAAUGACAGGCCACUGCAUCGUCAAACAAGUUAAUUGUACCAAGACUUAAAGUAUAGUUUGUUCUCAUUCUAACAAAUUGAGGUUUAAGUUGACGUGUUGGCAUCACUGUGGACACAAGAUGGCUCCUCAUUUAAAUGUUAAUUUAGUCUUCCCUGUAAAUCUGACAUAUUGUAAAGGUUUAAGGGCAUUCGUUUUCAAAGUGACGUGUCAGCAUUGGCCUUUCAUUAAUAUUACUAUUUGAUUUGUAUAAUCAGUAUUCUCUUUAACUCCUAAUCAAGUAUUUGGGCUAAAAUCAGAGCUCAUUUUCUUUCAGUUGUAAUGUGUAAUUUGAUGGCUAUAUCGGUAGCAUUCUGACUAAUGUAGCACAUCUCUGCCAGUGUGUCAUAAAGUCCACCCGUGGUAGACCUCUAUGGCCAGACCCUGUACCAGCCACAUACGGUUGUAACGGUCAGCUUUCCUGACUGCUCCGCUACGUGUUUCAUGUUUUUUUACUUUGUACUUUUAAGCUAUUUUAUUUUAUUUUUUGCAAUGUUUCGUGCAGUUUUAAGCAAUGUGUUUUAAGAAUGGUAACUAUAAGAAUAUGUUUCUGCCUGAAAUCAGCCUGGACACUCGACUUUAGACAAACUGACAUUUUACCCUGUUGUUUCAACUUUAAUUUAUUUGAUCGUGAGACAAACGGGAGGCAGACAUGUCGAUGUUUCGUUGGCAUCCUAGCGGGCCUAACCCUGGGACGGAAAGCUCAAUGCCGGACGAUCUUCUGUCAUCGCCCAAACACUCAGUGUGACAAUUUGGCAUGUGUUGUUGAACCUCGUUCAGUUUAAGCUAGGUGCAUUUUCUAAAGCAAAUGUGAGUUUGGAUUUGUCUCUGUUGCCUGUACAGUGCCAUACGCUUCUCCAACUUAUAACCCCCCUCAGGGCAUUUCCUGCGCUCGCCCCCCCAAAAUGCUUAGAUGGAAAGAGACAAUCAGACCUCAAAGCUCUUCAGGUGGACCCCUGGAGACACAGCUAUCGCCUCGUUUUUUUUCUUGUGCUGUACGUGUUGUGUACUGUGAUUUUAUUGAGGUCCCCCCCCCCCAUCAUUAAUUUACCAGCUGGUUCCUGGAGUUUUUUUGUCACCCAGGGUUGAUUGCUCCUCAGAAAAUUUGAAUUUAGUUUGUACUAAAAAUUGUUACAGGGCAUCAUGGUGAUCGCUCAGACGUACUGUUUAUAAGGUCACAUGUCCAGACUAUGAAUGUAAAUUGAACAUGGGGGGGGGUGUGAAGUCUUACGUGUUUAUUUUUUUCCAAAUACCUUGUUUUGUUCUCUUCAUCAACUAACAAAGAUGAUCUGUGGCAACUCGUUUCUGUUGUGGAGGAGGCAAGACCGAUGUGCAUGGAAGAGGAAACGUGUCUAGAAGUCGUCCCCCCCCCCCCCAUCCAUGACCUCUCACGGCUUGUUUCUAAACGAUCGGUGGGAGGCGUUUGAUACUUUUAAUCCAGCUGAUUGUUAUGUGUAUUACCAUUUUAUGUACACAAAGUGUUGUACAAUACAUGUGGCUUCAUGGUUUUAAAAAAUCCUUAAAUAAGGAAAAUCUUAUUUUGUAUUUUUUAUUUCAAAAGGCAUGUCAUAUCUACUUUUUAAAUGUAUUAAUGAAGAUUUAACUUGACAUCAGAUGGAGUGUUUUUUUCUUACAAAUAUCUGUAUGUUUAGUUUACCGCAAUGUCACUGAACAGUUAAACUUGGCAUGUAGAGAGUACCGCUUGCUUUGUGGGAGAGUCCUGAAUUAAAUUUUAAUCAUGGCCCUUUUUCUGCAGAAAAGAGCUGUCGUGUUAAUGAUUUUUUUUUCUUCUCCCAAUAUCUUCUACGCCAUUUUACUUGCAAGAAUUGUUCAUUUUGCUUAAGAUGUAUUUCAAAAUGUUUGAAGACAUCUUUGUUAACCAUCAGGCUAUACGAUAUUUCAAAGUGUGUGUAUAUACAGUUGCAUUGAAUUUCUGAAACAAAGUUUUAAAGUUAAAACCCUG